AGGAAUGCAUGCGCCUAACAUUAGGACAGUUCGAAAAGCUGGGAUGAAAUAUAGUUUAUGGAUACACACGCACCAUUGUGUUCUUUGAGGAUGGAAAUUCGGUGGUUACGAAAACGACGGUGAUGCAUUGAAAACUAACGACAGCUCCCUGGAAGCUUUGAACAGCACGCCAACGACAGACAGGAGUUUCGCUUUGGAUAGUUAUCUAUGAACAGAUUCUUUGAUUCACCAUUUGUGAUGAAUGGCACAUCUAUGAGAAACCCAUACAGAUAUUCUCAACCAGACUUCAACAAUGAACCAAUGGGAUGAUGCCUGUCUCUUGGACCACUCUGGAAGAUACUGUGGGAGUAGAUUCAUCUUUGGGGAUGAAAUUAUGAAAGCCUGUUUGAACUAUUUAUUGAUGUUCUAGCCGAAACGACCCGAAUAGCCAAUGUGUUCAGAUACCUGUUUGCGCCAAUGGAAUAUGUUAUUAAUGGGAAAGGUGCCAAGGCAGUUUGGACUUUUUUUUAGGGGGUAACACUUCCUGUAAGUAGACAUCACAUUUUAUUCAAUGAUUUGUAGAGGAGCUUUUUAGCCUUAGUGUCAUCGCAUGGUGCUGCUAAUUCCUCAGUGAUGCUGCGUGGUCCAGACAUGCUGAAGAGCCGCUGCUGCGUCCUAUUUGGUGACCUGAAGGUGCUGUUACUCCGGCCGGUAACGGUAUUGAUCCCCAUGACCGGACACGUACCGGACAGCCCUUCAGACGUCAGUGGACCGGAGAACAGCACGUUAACGGCCCAUCGGGGUCCGGGGGACAUACGGACUGCCCCGCCACCGGGGGGUGCCAGCGGGCCGGAGAGAGACAGACUGGCGGGGGGCUCAGGCUGGGUUGAUGCGGCAGAGCCAUCGGGGGUAUUACACUACAGCAGCUCCUGUGAUAGCUGGGCUAAGGACAAGCUGGAUCAGAGGUUCUCCUUGUGCAGUUAUAGUGAGAGUGGCAGCCUCAGGACACCUGUCUGCAGGAUCUGCUUCCAGGGACCUGAAACGGGGGAGCUGCUGAGCCCAUGUCGCUGCAGUGGGUCGGUCCGCUGUAUCCACCAGCCCUGCCUCAUCAAGUGGAUCAGUCAGAGAGGAUCCUGGGCCUGUGAGCUCUGCUACUACAAGUACCAGGUCAUCAGCAUCAGCACCAGGAACCCGCUACAGUGGCAGUCCAUCUCCCUGGCGGUGAUAGAGAAGGUUCAGAUAGCUGCAGCGGUUCUGGGGUCUUUGUUCCUGGUGGCCAGUCUGUCCUGGCUGGUCUGGUCCUCCUUCAGCCCCUCGGCACGCUGGCAGAGACAUGACCUGCUUUUCCAGAUCUGCUCCGGCAUGUACGGAUUCAUGGACAUCGUCUGCUUCGCUCUAAUAAUCCACGAAGGACCUUCAGUGUUCCGUAUCUUUACCCGGUGGCAGGCUGUCAACCAGCAGUGGAAGGUUCUCAACUACGACAAGCCCGCUGACAGUGAGAACCUGAAGACAGCAGCCACAGUGCGGACUCUCUCUCAGCCUCAGUCUAGCCAGAGAAACCAGGCUGGGACAGGAUUAGGACCCUCCUCUGCCACCUCCCCUGUGGCUGCUGCCACCACAGCACCGGACUUAGCUACAGCAUCACCGGCCACAGGGAUUGGGCUGGUCACACAGGGUUCCACUGAGCAGGCCAGGGGGACAGCUGGACCAGACCAACACUGUGCUGCCUACAAUAUCCUCCACCUUCUCAGCCACCUGAGGCAGCCAGAGGCCCACGGCUACCCCAGCCACAGCACCCGGGAGCUGGUCAUGAGAGUCACUACAGUCUGAGGCUCUGACUGAGGCCUUGUCAAGGAGAUAUUUGACAUUGAAAUGGAAGGCCUUGGUCUAAAAGGACCACCAAUGUUGAAAAUGCACCGUUGAUGACCUUAAAGACAGUGUGUGUGUGUGUGUGGGGGGGGUCAUUCAAAAAAAUGAAACAUAAAAAACAUGAUUCCCCCCGUGGAAACAUCAGUGGGGGGGUGUCUCUGUCUAUAGUAAAGCCCUUUUGUGUGGUAAAACUCAUUCUGAUUGGCUGAGCUCCCCGGUGGGUGGGCCUAUGCCCAGUCAUGUGAAAUCCAUAGAUUAGGGACUAAAACAUUUAUUUCAAUUGACUAAUUUCCUGAUAUGAAGUGUAACUCAGUAAACUCUUUGAAAUUGUUGCAUGUUAGCUACGUUAGCUAUGUUAGCUUUUCCUAUUUUGGUUCAGUUCAUUAGACUGGAGUAGAUGAACACGUGUAGGUAGUCUACAAUAGACUACAGGAGACUCUACAAUAGACUACAGGAGACUCUACAAUAGACUACAGGAGACUCUACAGGAGACUCUACAGGAGACUCUACAGGAGACUCUACAGGAGACUCUACAGGAGACUCUACAGGAGACUCUACAGGAGACUCUUGUCACGAACCGGCUCAAAGCCCGUAACAAAGGGAGACAACGUGGAGAUAAGGAGUAGCAAAAUAUGUAUUUAUUAACUAAAGCAACUAAGUAUAAUAUACAAUGGUGUGUGUAAUCAGUAAUCAGUAGUGUAAGUGAGUGUUUUGCAUGCAUGAAUGUGAUAAUGCAGGGUGAUGAAAGGUGCCAAAGCAAACAAACAAACAAACGGCCACCAAGAACCACAACACAAUCUACAAAGGGUGUCUGCAUGGAGAGAGUCUCCUCCAUGAAUGGGGAAGUGGUGUAUUUAUCCUGGGAGACACCGGGCCCAGGUGUUUCCCAUGUAGCUGACGACCCUCCCAACUCCGCCCACCGGCAUCCUAAUAAGGAAAUAACAGAGAGAAUACGGCAGACAGAGUGGGAGGGUCGUCACAUCCCCCCCAUAAAACCGGGGACCAACAAGGACCCCGGAACAAAAUACCAGCCUCUAAGUUCCAAAUUGACACAGCUUCUGCGCCACAAAUUGAUGAGGGUUUACGUGUUCACACUUACAAUUUGCCCCAGCCAACCUCCUCCCCAGACCUCAGCGACCUUCGCACAGGAAGCAACAUUUAAGAGGAAAGAAGAAAACAAGACCAGGAGGGAGCAGACAGGACAGAGAGAACAUGACAAUACGAAACAAUGGUCAGUCACGUAAACAUUAGGAACAGGGCGCACGAGAGAGCGCAUCAGC